GCCCCGCCACCGUCCCGCCCCGGGGCGGCGCCGGGGGCGGCGGCGGGGCCGGCGGGGCGGCGGAGGGCGAGGGGCGGCGGCGGGGCCGUCUGAGGGAAUGCAGGCGGCCGCCGCCAAGAUGGCCGCCGCCGCUGCCGGGCGGGCGGCGCGUCACCUUGUGAAAAGCAGCAGCCAGCUGAGGGUCCCGGUACGAUGGAGAGGUCAGGCAACUGCAGCCGCGGUGACAGAAAGCACAAAACCUCAAAUCCAGCCAGAAGUGCGGAAACCUAAAACAGGAAUCUUGAUGUUAAACAUGGGAGGUCCAGAACGGCUGGAUGAUGUGCAUGACUUCUUACUUCGUCUCUUCCUGGACAGAGAUCUAAUGACGCUUCCAGCUCAGAAUAAAUUAGCACCGUUCAUUGCCAAACGCCGCACACCGAAAAUCCAGGAGCAGUACAGCAGGAUUGGAGGUGGAUCACCAAUCAAGAAGUGGACGGCAGUGCAGGGAGAAGGCAUGGUGAAACUGCUGGACAGCAUGUCUCCUCGCACCGCACCUCACAAGUACUACAUUGGCUUCCGGUACGUCCAUCCUCUGACAGAAGAAGCAAUUGAAGAGAUGGAGAAAGAUGGCAUUGAAAGGGCUAUCGCUUUCACGCAGUACCCACAGUACAGUUGUUCUACCACAGGAAGCAGUUUAAACGCCAUUUAUUGCUACUAUAAUAAAAAAGGGGAGAAGCCGAAGAUGAAGUGGAGUGUAAUUGACCGAUGGCCCACCCAUCCUCUUCUUAUUCAGUGCUUUGCUGAUCACAUACAGAAGGAACUGAACCUGUUUCCACCUGAUAAAAGGAAAGAUGUUGUCAUCCUCUUCUCAGCUCACUCGCUGCCCAUGUCUGUAGUGAACCGUGGUGAUCCGUAUCCUCAAGAAGUGGGAGCUACUGUCCAGCGAGUCAUGGAGAAGCUGAACUACUCCAACCCUUACAGGCUUGUGUGGCAGUCCAAGGUUGGACCGAUGCCUUGGCUUGGUCCUCAGACAGAUGAGGCCAUUAAAGGACUGUGCCAAAGAGGAAAGAAGAACGUCUUGUUGGUCCCAAUAGCAUUUACAAGUGACCACAUUGAAACGCUUUAUGAACUGGAUAUUGAGUAUGCCCAAGUUUUAGCGAACGAGUGUGGAGUUGAAAAUAUCAGAAGAGCGGAGUCUCUUAAUGGAAAUCCACUGUUCUCCAAGGCCCUGGCAGACUUGGUCUGUUCGCAUAUCCAGUCGAAUGAAAUCUGCUCUAGGCAGUUAACCCUCUGCUGUCCGCUCUGCGUGAAUCCCGUCUGCAGGGAGACAAAAGCCUUCUUCGCUAACCAGCAGCUGUGAUGGGCGGUGUGGGAGAGCGCCGCUAGAUGAGGCAGGAAAAUCGCCCUGGUGAAGCAGUGCAAAGGAAAGAAACGGCUCGACCAAGCUCUCCGCUGUUACAUACUCUCAGGCUGGUAGUCUGCGAUGUUAACGUCGUGUAACGGAGAGGAGAACUUGACUUUUUUGUUCUAUUUGUUUUUCUUAGGCUUUCUUUGUUGGAGAAGAGUCUGUAGGAAGUAGGGAGAUAAGGGCGUCUAUCCUGAGAUGUGAAAAGAUCUGGUUUCAUCUGAUUCUGAUUGGACUUAGCAUGAGCCCAUAACUGUGCACUGAAAAACUUAGUUUUAUACAAAUUAGCUUCUAUUUCCUAUGCAGGGAUUUAUUUGUAUGCAGUUCUGGCAUGAGUGCAUUAAUUUCAGCUUUCCAGGCCAAGCAUACAAUUAUUUUGUUUAUGCUUAAGGUAACAGUAUAACCAGCAUAGUCAUAGAUUGUCUCUUCUGAGAGUGAUUUUUCAGAUAGGUUUGAAGAUCAAGUGACUUCUAAUGCUUUUUAAAUAAUGUGUAUGUUUUUUUUAGAACAUAAAGAUAAGGCUUUGUUUUG